UGAAGUAAGCAAUUGCUUUCCUCUUUCCUUCCCCUCUUCAAUCUCUUGAUCCAUGGAAUCCAUCUCUAUCUCGAUUGAUGCCAUCCAUUCCUACUAUACCAAGGAGCGUGAAAUCUAUUCUCGCAUGGUCUUCACCCUUGGAAUGGAUCCAACUCGUGCUAUGGAGAUAAUCUCUUUUUGGUUAUGGGUUGAGGAUGAUAGUCAUGUUAAUAUUAUUAGUCAGAUCUACUCCUUUGAUGAUGAUACCAUGCUUAAGGUUGCUUUGGUUGCCCUAAAUUUUGUGGAGUCCCUUUGUCUAAAUCAUCAAUCAGGUGUUGAUGACUCCUUUGUUAAUAUCCAACUCAACCAUAAAUUUCGUCAAAAAGCUAUUUGUGGGAUCAACUACUUUCUUACUAAUGUAUGCUAUAAGACCUUGGAUGACAUCCGAAGGAAAGCUGAGAGGGAUGAUGAGAUUCGCAAGAUGGAGGUGUUGGUCGAACAAAUGAGCCAGAUCUAUCUUGAUUGUAGAAGUCCAAAUAGGCGAUUUAAGAGUGAUGGAGACAUAAUCAAUCCUUUUAAGGAUGAUGCGGUGAGAUUUUCUAACUUUGCUUCUUUAGAAAACCAUGAUUUCAAGAUGAAAAAUUCUCAUAUUGGCCAUCUUUAUGUGCCCCAUGGGGAGGGCACUAGUCGAAGUGGAGUUCGAAGAAAGGACAGUCAUGAAGAUUCUGAUAUGCAUAGAAGUUGGUUCCAUCCUGACUUUAUAGAUAUAAAAACAACAAGCCAUGUUGAUUAUCCAUUCAAUAUACAUUUCAAAAAUCAUACGGGAAAUCCAAAAUUCCAAUUAGAAAAUCAUAUUGGUAGUAUACCAAUGGUUGGUGCUUCCUUUGAUCCACAUCAAAUAGUUCUGGAUGAUCACCUUGUGAAUAUGGGAAAAAAUAUCUUACAACACUACAAUCCUGUGAGACUUGAAUCAAGUUUAAGAUCUACAGGCUUAUGUUCUCAGCCACAACACAACAUUCCACGAGAUGAGAGGACAUUAUUUGUAACCUUCUCUAAUGGGUAUCCAUUGACUGAAGAUGAUCUAUAUAGUUUUUUCAUGAGAAACUAUGGAGAUGUGGAGUCCAUAUCUAUCGAAGAAACAAAAGAAGAGAGACCGCCUCUUUAUGCUCAUGUGUCAUUCCGCUCAUUGGAUACAAUACUACGUAUAUUAAAUGGUAAUGUUAAAGUGAAGUUCAUGACUAAAGGUAAGCACCUUUGGGCUCGGCGUUUCAUCCCAAAGAAGAAAUUCAAGUCAAAUGAGUAAGUUAUUAUAGGCAAUAUCUUGGGUAGUACAUGUCAAGUUCGUGUGGUGUCUAUCUAUGCAUGUUGAUUUUAUUAUCCUAGUAGCUUGGGCCUCAUAUUAUGAGUUUGUCUGUCUGUUUAUGCAAAGAGACAACCUUUACUAUUGUUGGUUAUUUUUCUAGCUUGUGCGAGCUCUUUGCAACUCCUAAACUAGCUAGAAUGAACAAAAGAAGUCUCUUAUAGUUGCUAAAUCUCUUGA